AUGAAUCGCGUAAGGUUGAUCCCUCUCGUGGUGCUAAUCACCACCUUGUGCAGCUAUACGUCUCUCUGCUUAAAGCCAAACGAUGAAAUUGAAAAUGGCGCUGUAAAAAUAAUAAGUGGAAAUUUAAAGGAAAGGAUAACUCUACAUUGCGGGGGAGCUCAGUCCAUCCACAUUUUGGACGCUAGCUAUGGAAAUCCGUCCGUCGAUCAUUUUCUGAUAAAAAAAAACCCCUCAGAUGCACCGCACACCCUGCCGGUUGUUCAGAUGUUAUGUGAAGGGAAACCCAGCUGCGAUAUCCCUGUAAACGAUGAAACGUUCAAAAUCCUAUCCAUGAUAAAGGACUUCCACAAACUUGUCGUAAAAUACACCUGCACGUCGGACGCGCUGGAGGCAUUCCCCAUGUGUGAAGCGGUAAAGGAGGAACUGUACCUUCAUGUGGAGGACAUAAACGCCCUGUGCGAAAAACCGCUGCUUAGGAAAAAAUACAUAGACGUGAACGAGGCCGAGAAGGAGUGUAACGCCUUAAGCAACUGUGUAUUCAUAAUUUUCAACUACGAUGGGUACACACUGUGUGAGUCCUCCUCGUACAAAAAUGCGACAGUUCAGAGGAACUCCAAGAUUUAUAUCAAAAUGUCUUGCAUUAGCGGAAGGCUGCCCAACAACUACGAAGUGUUUCCAAAUGUUCAAGGGGUGUGUGAAAAGAAGGAUGUCCUGUUCGAGAUGAACUCAGCUUUGCGCUUGGACGAUCUAUACGAAAAAUGCAGGGAAGUCGACUGCGACUACUUCACGAUGUCCACAGCUAACGGAGUAAAAGGUGUUCCUAAAAGCUUCCGGAAUUAUGCCUGGGGUUUUGCAAAGGGUUCCCCAAAUAUGUAA